UGCUGCCCUGGUCGCCUGUCUGUUGACGGCCAGUCCGUCCGCUGCUCGUCGCAGUGGGUCCGCAAGGAGGUCCGCAACCUGUCUCCUUCAGAGCUCAACACUGUGAAGUCGACCAUCACUGCCAUGCAGAACGCGGGCUGGAUGGGCUGGUUCGCCUACCUGCACUCGAACAACUUUGGAACGAUCCACAACUGCGAGCACUUCCUCCCCUUCCACCGCAGAUUCGUGCACGACUUUGAGUCUGUUGGUCGCCGGAUCAACCCUGCGUUUGUGCUGCCCUACUGGGACGAGCUCCGCGACUACGCCAACCCGGCGGCGUCGGCCAUUUUCACCAGCAACUACUUUGGCGGCAACGGCCAAGGCGCAAACCACUGUGUCACCAACGGCAUGCAGGCCAACUGGCAGAUGUCCUACCCGAGCAACCACUGCUUCGCGCGCCAGUUCAACAACGGCAACCGCAUCAACGCCUGGUACUCGCCCGAGUAUAUCCAGUCGGUCCUGUCGCGCUCCAGCACCAUGGCUCAGAUCCGCGCUGGUAUCGAGUACUCGCUCCACGGCGCCAUCCAUCUGGCUGUCGGCGGUGACAUGGUGCAGAUGCACAGCCCGAACGACUUCAUCUUCUGGCUGCACCACGCCAACAUUGACCGCCUCUGGAGCGUGUGGCAGGGAUCCAACCGCAUCUGGACCAUGGACGGCGUCGACACCGCCAACAAGCCGCUCUCCCUCUCCGAGCAACGUCAUCGCCUACAACGAGCCCAUCUGGACCGUUCAUGCAGCUCGGCUACAACAAGAUGUGCUUCUCGUACGACAACGUCGGCUCUGUCUCGAACAGGCGCCGUUCGCUCGACAAGCGCAACGCCGUGUACUCGGCCACUGCCCCCAAGAAGUGCAUCCCGCGCCCGGUCACCACCCCGGUCAAGGCCUACGUUCCUCCUCUGGUCAACGGCGUCUUUGAGAACUUCCAGAACAUGACUGUCAACGCCGACAAGUUUGUUGAGACCUACGUCGCCCAGAAGCUGCCUGCCUCUGUCCUGAACAAGUGGUUCCCGACCUACACUGCCAACCCGUCCA